AUGGUUGGGGACUGUAGCUAUGACUGCUCACGACACCCCGAUAAAAUUGAAUUUGACUCUGAUAUAACUGGUACUGGGGUCAUUAUCGGAUAUGUUGCAACAGCUGGGAUUGCUAUCAUCGUGGUUAUUGCUCACUAUUUUGUCGUAUAUCAACCGAAUUUGGAUCCGUUUCGUAAGGAGAACAAUGUUGGCUGUUCUCGUGCCGUGCCGUUUCAGCCAAACCCUGUCGACCUGAUCAUCCUCCGGUGCAUCAAGUGGCCAUUCAGAGGGUUUCGUGCGUGCAUUCUCGUGAUGAGUGAUCUCCAGCUCGCUACAGGUAUUGCAAUACUCAUCAGUGGCUAUACCCAGCUCCGCUGUGGUCUUUCUUCGUACCACUGGUUGGUCAUAGGUCGUUUGGCGUGGUUCUCAAGCCUGACGCAUCUCUCGUGCCUGACCCUCUUGAGAAACUAUCUCUAUAACCGAAAACCCCAACGCCAGUGGAGACUGCUUUUUAUGCUGGCUCUCAUAAUUAUGCUUAUUACUGCAAUGGUUCCCACUGGAAGCUAUGAGUGGAAUUCCUCCGGUGAGCUGGUCCAGGUCUCCGAACAUAAUCCGCUAGGAAGCGAUUAUGCCAUCUGCCGCUUUUCCGCCCCUGUCCUCUCAGGCUCCGUUGAGGCAUUUGUGUCCAUGGUUAUACUAGUUUCCUUUAUCGGACUGGGGUUUAUCUUCCGAGUAAUCAAGCUUCACAAGCCCCUGUCUCUAUUUGUGGUUGAGACUUUGAGGAGACGUAUAAGCCACGGCUUGCGGAGGCUACUUUGGAUGUUAUAUCACUGGAGGAGCCACCCCAAAGGGCUGGGGCGCUUUGCAGGAGACAUUCUCUACUAUCCGGCGCUGGCAUUAUUCUUAUCUUUGCGCCUUGUCGCAGACCAUUUCUCCUCAAUGUUCUUUGAGGUAUACUGGCUCAUUGCCAGUUUCCUUUUGGGCUUGUGGAGUCUGCUACGGACUCUAAAUGUUUUGUUUCCAGAUCGCAACUUUCACCUUCUCUUUGACGGCAUCAGCGAUAACAGGUGGAGUUUUGGACAGGUCAUGCCCGUUAUCCUUCUCGCGACUCCUCUUAUCGCCGUACUUGAGUCUUUUUACCCAGACAAUCCGACCGGCGUUGGAUCAAAGGCGCCUGCUACCCCAAACCAUAAUCCAACCAGCAGCAUGCCCCUUGGCAUUGUGAGACCAAGCACGCCCACAAGUUCCAACUCCCCAAAAUUUAAUCCCGACCAGAACUACUAUUAUCAUUCCACUGCAAUGGGGGCAGGGACUGCUUAUGUUUUAAUGUGCGAGCUCGCGUUAUCAGGGCACUUCCUAUACUAUACCUUUGGCUCAACAGUGGUGUCAGCUGUAGAGUUCCUGGGUUUAGGAUCAUUUUGCGAGGGGGAAAGGCCCACAUUGGCACUUGGGGAUCCUCCAGACAGUGAACGUGGUCCUUAUCUCUGGUGCUUCUGCAGGGCUUAUUUUCCUACUGGUUGCCAGUGGGGUACCACACUAGAACGCGGGAUGCUAUCAGCCAAUGAAUCCGCCUUGCGAAACGAGCGUUGA